AUGUGUUCUCCUAAAAAUGAAGGGAGCUUGGGGUUUAAGUCUCUCAUUGUGUGGAACAAGGCUGCUGUUGCUAAGAAUGUCUGGUUCCUCUUCUCUGGAGGUGAGCAAUCUAUGUGGUGCCUUUGGAUUAAAUCUUAUAUCCUCGAAGGUAGAAGUUUUUGGAGAGUUAGGGUGUCAAAUGGCCCCUCCUGGGUUUGGAGGAAAAUUCUUUCUCUUAGACCUAUCAUUUACCCUUUAAUCAAACAUAGGGUGGGAAAUGGUUCUAGGAUAUUUCUUUUGUUUGAUAACUGGCACCCUAUGGGAUCUGUGUGGUAUAGAUUUGGGGUCAGAAUUGUUUAUGAUUCUGCUUUGGGUUUAGAUGCUAAGGCUAGUGAGAUUGUGGAGGGGACUACUUGGAGAUAG